AUGGAUUUGCUUAUCAAAUGUAUGGAAAACAAUCCCGACCUUGCCAAACACCCAAGUCCAAGCCAAGGACAAGAACCACGAGCGACUAAUAUAUUUUUAGGAAACAUUUCAUUGGCCGAUAUGAUAAUAGGAAUUGCAACUUUAUUUAUUCUCAUAUGUCCUUAUCAAUUUCAUAAUGAAAUCUCAUGUAAUCUAUGCAUAGGCUUAGUUGGCACGGCUACAAUGGCAUCGGUUUUCAGCAUCGGACUAAUAGCAAUCGACCGUUAUCUUUACAUUCUGUACGGCCUUCACUAUCAUAGAUAUUUUACAACAAAGUAUCCACAUUGGAUGAUUUUAUUAGUUUGGUUUCUUGGUAUGAUGUUCGGAUGUGUUCCAAUAUUUAUUUGGAAAUACCCAAUGAAUGGAGAAAUCUGUUUUUAUUUAGACUUACUGCCACCAAAGAUUUUUAUAAUUCCUGUAUCGGUGGCAAUGGUUCCAAUGAUCCUUAUAAUGGUACUCUACAGUAUAAUUUUGAAAAAUGCUUUGAACAGCAGGUCCCAUACAUUUAGCAGUUUCCAAAAUCAUGAGGCAGAUUUACGUAUUUUCCGUGGAAGAGAACAAAUCAUCACAUCGAAUUGUGCCGAUGAGGAGUCUAGAGUUCGAUCGUAUGGUCUGUCCUGCUGUAAAAGAAAAACACUUGAGAUAACACCAAGUUUAAAUGACGAAAACAAAUGGAAAGCAGUAAAAAUUGUUGCCUAUACAACAGGAGCAUAUUUCAUCACAUGGUUCCCAUAUUUCGUGACAAGUAUUUGCUUAGCAUUUUGUGACAUGAAUUUAAAUGUCGAGCAUUGUGAAUAUCUUAUUAAUUUACUAAGUGGUCCAUUAUCGUUAUUUUGUUUAACAAAUAGUCUAUUUAAUCCUCUUAUUUAUGCAUGGUGGCAUCCUGGAUUUAAAAUAUCGGUUAAAAAAAUGUAUUCCAGUUUGCUUGAGAAAAUAUGUCAAAAACAACCGAUGACAGAAAAAUUUUAA